AUGUACAGUCAACAACAUUAUCACCAACUCCAGCAAAAUUACUACUUGGGGACUGCAGGCCAUCGUGCUACGUCCUCGUACAGUUACUUGCCGAGUCUUAACAAUAAUGGAAAUUUCAGUAUUCGUGAUGCUGCUGCACAACCUGGUGUCAACUAUGCCAACGCUGCUUCUGCUGCUGCUGCCGUUGUCCCUCAACCUGCUGUUGCCCCAGCUGCUGCCGGUGAUGAACCUGAGUUUAACGGUGGAAUCACCUCUGUACUCGAAUACAAUAUUAACAACAUGUCAACAUUUCUUUCAUGGUGCACAUUUGGAAUCUUGAAGCAAAACAGAAACCCAAGCAAAGAGUUUGACAAUUUGGUUGUUUCAGUGUUGUUUGCGACAAGAUUACCCAAAUCUACCAUCAUCAUUGCCCUUGAGUAUAUGAACCAAAGAUUUUCCAACAAGGCAGUAGCCAGCACUCUCUCCGAGUCUGAGAUCUCUACUAUUUUAAUCGUUUCAUUAAUUUUGGCCAACAAGUUUAAUGACGAUAAUACUUUUACCAAUAGAUCAUGGUGCGGCGCUGCCGGUUUAACCAUUGAAGUGGUAAAUUACGAAGAAAAGGAAUGGCUUAAUGAAGUGAAAUGGCAAUUAAAUGUAGUUAACUUCGAAGAUAACAUUAGAACCUUGGAAGAAUGCUGGAAUACUUGGUUAGUGAAAUACACUGGCAAGAGCAGUCAACCAUCAGCUAAUGCUUCAUCACCAAACUUACAUGAAUCUGGUGUAUCUUCAUACAAUUCAAUUCCAUCAUCGCCAAUAUCUCCAUCAUACUUAUCAUCGUCCCCAGUUGAUUCAUCACCCAUCAAAUAUCAACAUCCACAGGACUCGAUUUGGGCCCACUCAUCGUCCAUUUGGUCAUAUACUCCAACUUACCAAUAUAUGCCACAACCAACCGUGUAUCAGCCACAAGCUCAAGCACAGCAACAACAACAACAAAUGCCUGUUGCAACUCAACAUCAGAUCCCACCAAUUUACCACCAAGUACAACAACCUUACGUUGAUCCAAGUAUUCAUUUCAAUACAGGAUACCACAACGCAGGAUUUGUUGGAUAUAAUAAUCCUUACUAUGGUUAUAAUAUGGCAUCAUGUUGA